CAAGGUAAGCUCUCUCAGCGAGGCUGAAGUGAGAGUACGCUCCUACAUUUCGUAAGAAUCCAGAUCCACUCUCUACUCUUACCGGGAACUCUAUACUAAGGCUGAGACCCCGUUGAGCUGGGUUUAUCAACAUCAUACUCUCCCUCUAUCUUACCUACUCCCUCAACUGACGUUGAGUUGUCAUCACGAUGUCGGCAGUAGCGAACAGCAAGGGCCCAGUGCUGAAAUUCAGUGCGGCCGAUAUUAAAAUUGGGCUGCCACCACAGGAGCAACGAUCAUUCGAUUUGUCAAAGCCAUAUGGGCUUGUGCCUCCGAGCGGUAUUUGUGAUAUUUAGAUACUAGUAUUUGGAUAAUCAUCAACAUGUUCUUUUGUUUCUGGUUAAUAGAGCAGGGCGAACGAACUUAUACUAUCAACAGACAACUACUUCUAGGAAAGGUUCUUACGAUCGAAGUAGUAACCGCCCAUGAAGUAGUAAGCAGGUAUCGCGGUGAGUGGUCAACAGCCUGCCAAGUACACGCUCACUACCACAGCGGAAUCGGCGAAAAGUUAUGGACGUCUUACGGUAUACAACUAGUACUACUAGUAUGAGGUAAAUAAUUUGAAUUUGAUACAAUUUCUUGAGAAGAAAAUGAAUCUAAACGUCGUGGACGGGUUUUAUGUGAGCUGAAUUGCCGAACCCGAACCGCGAACAUGAAUGAAUGAAUGAAUGAAUGAGUCCUCGAUGUUGACGCUAGCAUCUCCUCUCUAUCUUCUUCCAAGUAUGGAACUUUUUUUUUCAGGUAAAGAGUGUAAAGGCGACUCCGAUUUUAAUGCCCGCUUUUCAAGGCCCAGACGGUAAACCGGUCAUUCCUAGCGCUAGGGUAUCCGUCAAGGCACAAGCAAAACGUACUACUGGAGACUUCUUUCAACAAAAGUAGAACAGAAGUAGAACACGGUUUCCACAGAUCUUUGCUGUUUUGAAUGUAGAACUACAACAACGAACUAGUUUGCUUUGUCUAUCUUGGUACAAUACAGUUACAUGAUUAAUACCCCUUCAACAUUGUCCAAUCAUCACUACAGUACCGCCACCAACGUUGAAAUUGAAUGCGCCUACAUUGGCAACGAAAGUACCAAAGGGAACUCUACUAGCAACACGAGUGCAUAUUGCGCCACAGCCACCGAUUAUCGCGAAGGAGGACUUCGGUGAUCUCGUCCAGGCAGGUACUAUAUGGAUUUUCAUCUAGUAGACCUCGUAUAGGCAGGUAGAUUGAUUUCCUUAGGACCAAUACUACUAUGAGUAAUAAAUAUCUAUCAUAUUCUCCAGUAUUAACAGUAGCUAGUAUGAUUAGAUGAUGUUGUCUGAUAUCAUUCGUGGAGUGUGACAUAAGGAGAUGAAAUAAGUAAACACUUAGACUUAUUUAGGUAAUAUAGAGAACUCCCGCUUCGUUGAGAUAGAUAGUAUCCAAAACAUAGAAAUGGAGCUGGCGACUAAAAAGAUGACUAGUAUGUAACAUUAGGUAUCGACCAAUACCCCAUAUUUGACUGCUUUGGUUUUUUAGUGAGAUGUCGGCGGGUUCGUGACGUCGAUUCUCUUGGGGUCGGGCUGCCUUCACAGUCGUACAUAUGAUCCACAGUAGAAGAUAGUACAUAGAGUAACCCAUAUUAUCCGCUAUAUUAAUCGGGCUGUAACUCUCUUUAGUACAGUUUAUACUUAGUAUUACUAGCGAAAUUAUACAACUUAGUAUUACUAGUAGGAUGGUAGAUCAUUUUUAGUCAAAUAGUACAUCGACUAUGACUUUAGUUGUAUCAUCUUAUGAUGGUUUAUCGUCUACAUCAAGGUCCGAUAAUAGCACACCGAGCUAGUUCAACGAUUGUGAAGGCAGUCGACCACCAGGAGGCCAGAGAAGGGGAACUUAGAAUGUCACGUAUUAUUGAGCCCGAAGAAGCCGACGAUGCCCCAUCGACCCCGCCCCGAGAGGGUAAGAAAGGAAUAAUACCUAAUAAUACUAGGAAGAUACCCCAUAGAUUACACGCAAUGUUCUUGUUCAUCAAGAUGUCAGAAGCUGAAAUUGAAACCAUGAAGAUCUACUACAGGAUGUUCAAACCAUUAAUGAGCUCCUCGUAAGCUCCCCUAUCUUCCUUCGUAAGAUCCAACCCAUGAAUGGCGGUAUGGGUAUGCCAAAAAUUCCAAUAGACUUGUACUAGUUCGAUGGAUCAUUCGGAGUUAUUUCUUAUAAAUAUCCAUAUCUAUCGAAAUGAACCAACUUCCUUGUGUUGAAAUGAACCAUUUCAACUACAGGAAGGUGAAACCAUGAAGAUGCUAAAUUGUUGAGCUACCUGUAUCUCUUGACACUCACCGGGGUUCUAAAUUCCUUCUUUCUACUUCAAAAUACCUGACCUUCUUAUGAUGACCUCCCAGAUUACAAUUUCGACAACGAGCAAGAGUUGUUUGAAGCCGACGAGCCAGCGGAAAAGGAAGAAGGCGCCGCAGAGGAGGAGGAAGAGGCACUGAAGAUCGUAGGAGAGCCGAUCAAAUUCUCGGAGCCACCGGCAACCGCUACUGCCGAAGAGGUUGCCGCUGCGACCGAGGAGGUGGCCGCAGAGGCUGGCGCAGAGGAAGUGAUCGCGUCGAACUACGAGGAGGGCGUGGCAGAGGUGAAAGCGCCAGCUUGA